CGUUGCGCAGUUUCCGAAGCAGAGCAUCUCAGACUAGAUCGACGGAUCAGUCUAUCCAUCGAUCUAUCGAUCCGUAAUAUUUCGAGUGGUCACCCACCGGUUCUUCGACAUGAGUAACCCGCAGCCUCUUCCCCUCUUCGAUCUCUUUCUGGAUCUCCCGCAUCCCGCGGGAGCGGCAUCUUGUCCCCCUCCGAACAGCUACGCGUGCCCAGCCACCAAUCCAGAAGUCGAGAAGGAAAUCGCAGCGAACAUGUCUCGGAUUGCUAUGUUUGCCUUUCCCGAAUUCGACGAUACCCUGAACCAGCGCAUACCGCGGGACAAAGCCCUGAACCGGUUUUCGCAGUACGCCAUGCAACCCAAGGGCUUUCAAAACUACACCUUUUCGUUGCAACUGAAAUCGGGGGUUCGGGUCCACGGAUUUGUCCGUCGGUACUUGCCAAUGCACCAGUUGGUUGAGCAUAGAUACGACGUGGGACGUCGAGGAGAACGUGCUCUCGUAAUGCUGACAAGAUUUAGCGGCGGCGAUUUAAUGUUUGCAUCCGUUUUAAAGUGCGUAUCGUGUGGUAAUGCACUAUCUAGUAUCGGCAUUCAAAACAGUUUUUGAAAAAGUCUUUCGACAGCGCCCUCACCUCGAUGUAUCAUUUUCUUUUGUUUCGUUUUGUUUUUCUGCUUUGCUUCAGGACGAUAGAUACAAUUUUGUGUCAGAAGGCGGCUCUCGAUCCAAAAUAUGUCCACUCCGAGCCGCAGAAAUUGUUCUUGAACCGAAUUUAUGAAGAACACCAAAAACUGUGCCACGCAUUCUUGUCUACACCUCAACAGGAGCGACCGCUAAUGGUGAUGUCGAUAGGGUCGGUCGAAGUGGGAAACAAACCGAUCCGAUUUCUCAACCAAGUAGACACAUCCAAUUUCCUAGUGCCUACCAGUCUGCUUGCAAAGGUUUCGAAUGUAGAGGCAAUGACGAGCUCCCCCAUUCUACCGCUGCUUCGUGUGCUGGGUGUAUCGAGUACUCUGAGACUUCUUUCGGCACUUCUCAGUGAAAACCGUGUUUUACUGAUUUCGGCCAAUCCAACCCGGUUGGCGCAGUGUGCAAGAUCGGCCCUGUCUAUUCUUGCCCAAGGCCUACUCAAUUGGCAGCAUCUAUACAUCCCGGUGUUGCCGCCACACUUGUUUCAAUACCUGGGUGCACCCGUACCCUACUUAAUCGGGAUACUUUCGGCGUUCGUACCAAAGCUGAACGCAGACGGGCUCGGCGAGAUGGUUAUUAUUAAUCUGGAUACCAACCAAAUGGAGACCAGGGGCAUGAAUCCAAUGGAUGUCGCGAGAAAAGUCCCCGAUUUAUUCCAGAAGGCUGUCUCAGAGCAGGGAAUGCCCGCAUCUACGAUGUCGGCAUCGGAAAUGCUCGCACAAGACUUGAUUGAUCUGCUGAAAGUGGACAAGCGGGCAAUUUAUGGCGAAUCGACUCUCACCAAUGUAUCAGAAACUGCAGCGAAGGCAACAAAAGCAGUAAAAUCUGGGUUCAACAAGUUGGCAUCAAAAGGGAAAAAGUUUUUUAAUACCCGAAAGGGUAGUUUACAAAGCAUUGACUCGAUCGGCAGCGUAGAGGAGGAGGUGGUCGAGACAAACACUCCUGAAGUUGAUCUGAACACUAUGUUGCCAGAUGCUGUUUAUGUUCAAGGCAGUCGCAAUGAAUUUGGAGAAGAGCAAGCCAAAAUUGCGUUUGCUUCAUUUUACCUUUCAAUUUUCGGGAACAUGCGAUGGUAUCUCUCUGCAAUGCCCGGGAAGCUGCCCCAUCUAGAUAGAAAACGCUUCCUGCAACAGAAGAGGGCGAUGGGUGGAGAAUCUACGCCUAUUUGGCCGCUUCUUCAGAAUUUUUGUGAGUCUCAAAUGCUUGAAGAGUUUGCAAAAGCCAGGGUUGACGAAGUGAGGCUACGAAAACCUGUGACUACCGAUUCUCCCUUGUUUACCCAAUGUGCCAAUUACCAUCGAUUGAACAAUAUUGACUUCAGUGUGGUCAACGUUCGACGUGUAAGUCGGCAAGUUGCGGAGAGCAACCCUUCUCGGAUGAUUAUGCAGGCAUCGUUUCGAAGAACAGCCAUGUUGAUUACAUCGAACAAGACAUAUGACGGAGACUACAACAAGGCAGUCGCGCAUCUUGUAGAACAAUGUAGGGAAUCUGCUGCUGUUCUGUCCGAUGUCAUGUCGGUGAUAUGGGUGAGAAUACGUGAUUCGAAGGGGGUCCAUUGGAAGCAUGGUCUACAAGCAUUGCAAGUGUUGAGAAAUCUUCUCUAUCACGGACCCUUGGCAGCCAUUGCGGAAGCAACGGAUGGAUUGGACAAGAUUCGUGCUAUGAAAUUCUAUAACGAUCACAUGAGAUCUCAAAUUUGCACCCAGAUCCGACAAGCUGCCCACCAAGUCUACAAUCUUCUUGUUGAUCGGGCCAAACUCUUCCACAUUCGUCGGAUCUGCGUGAAGAAGCGACUGCUUCUCAAACAGCCGGAGCAAUCAAGAGUAAGUUUGUAACGAAUUUUACUACAUCCCAUCUCUUUGUGUUUUUAUUGUUUCUCUCACCCCUGUUUCACCCUGGUCAUUCUUUUUAGUACAUUAAAAACACGAGAAUCUCCAUCACACAUCGAUUUGGUGCUAUGCACCAGCACUUCAAUCCGAAUGCUGCUCGUGUCGCACCUGCACCUCGUUCGGGACCUCUACCAUCUACUGGAGAUGACAUUUUCGGAUUGACGUCACCUUCCGCAGGAGGGAUCCCAGCAGCGCCAAAGAGUGCAGAUGUAGCGCAAGAUAUCGUAGGGUUGUUUAGCAAUAUCGAUGUAUCUAAUCAGUCGAGUGGUGGAGCGUCUCCAGCGCCUGCUUCCCGAGCUCGCAAUCCAUUCGACCCGGCACCCACGCCAAAUUCACAAAUGUCGUCGCCCCCUCCCCAAUCAGUUCCACGUCACCCAGGGGCUAUUACGCCUCAACCAUCUACUCCUCAUUCCCAGAAUUUAUUUUCUCCGGUUUCCGCUGCCACUGCACAACCCUUAUGUCAAGGUUCUCCUGCGCAACAAGUCCAACAACAAGCAACGAGGGCACCGAUUCCGGGCCAACCCAUAACGUAUGGUUCUCCCUACCCACAGACUUCUACGCCGACGCAUCAUCAGAGACCUGCAGCUCCGCAGCAACAAUACUACCAGCCUCAACCUCCAGGUCAGCACCCUCCGUCGGGUCCUCCCCAAAAGAGUGGAUAUGCCAUGUCGUCGCCGCAACAGCAGCAUCAAUACAAUCAAGCAGGAGGUUACAAAUAUGCCCCUGGACAACAACAGCACCAGCACUACCAACACCCACCAUCGCAACAACAACAAUAUGCGACUCAACAAGCACCACCAGCCCAACCCCCAAAGCCAAACCUAUCUCAGUUCGACCCUUUUCAAUAAAUAAUUGUGUCAAAACAAGAUGAAUUACUAGUUUUCCUAGUGAUCAGUAAUAGUAGGAUGCAUUCCUUUUGUAGAAUGGUGCAUCUCGGGACACGUGUCUUACAAAAAUAGAACAAAAACAUGAUUGGCAUCGAAUUUCAUUUUUAUGCUUCCAGUAAAGGUUUACAGUAACU